GCACAUGCUUGCACAUGCUCCCGAAGUCCGUGCCCGCAAUCAGAUCUUGAAAAUAAGAACGGCAAUUGAGUGUCUGGAUGGAAAGUCGCCGCACCUCGUUUGCCAUUGAAAAAGACAUUUCGGGGUUAGAUCAUGUAGAAGAAAUGUCCUAUUACAGAUGGGAAGGUUUGGAAACCGGCCCCCCCGCGACGCGAGGCGUGACCGCGCACGGACUUUUUGCGAAAGGUAUAUGAACCGCUAACAUCCGCCUUUCCUGCUCUUCCUCCCCCCUGUUUCUUCGAGGCUCCAGUGCUGUUUUCGGUCUGCCCUCGUCCUUUGCCCCUGUUCGGUUCUCAGCUCUCUCGGCUUGUGGUAGUGAUUUCGGUCACUUUGUUUGUUUAGUUAUGUCGAAGUUGUACAUUGGGAACCUGAGUUGGAACACGACCGAUGAGACCUUGCGCGAUGCGUUUGGUCAGUACGGGAGCGUCACCGAUUCCAUCGUGAUGCGCGACCGUGAGACUGGUAGGUCUCGAGGCUUCGGCUUCGUCACCUUCAGCAGCGAGGAUGAAGCCAACGCUGCGAUCUCCGGUUUGAACGAGGCCGACCUUGAUGGUCGCAGGAUCAGAGUCAACGUCGCCACUGGCCGUGGCGGAGGUGGUGGAGGUGGAGGCGGAGGCUAUAACGGCGGCGGAGGUGGAGGAUACCGCGGUGGAGGAGGUGGAGGAGGAUACGGUGGUGGAGGAGGUGGAGGAUGGUGAUCGUAUCGCAUCCUCGGUUGUAUAGUCGUCUUGACCAGUCGCAAGUUUCUUCUUGUCUCCCCUCCUGUUUUCGAUCGCUUUACACCAUUGUCGUCGUCCGCGUCCUCAGGGGCGACUACCUCCGUCUGUUUGUACAUCUUGCCGCGUCCAACUGUUUCCUAGUUACCUGAGCUCCAGUUGUAUCGAUAUACUUCCACUGCAUGAGAAUUCAUAUCUGUUCCUCAUGAAUCUCAACUAACGACAAGCUCUUAGACGAACAGGCACCCCUGUCAGUAACUCUGAAUUGAGGGACCGUGCUGAGCAUAACCGAUGUUGAAAUACAUGCGUCCCUCCCUC